AUGGCCGCCAAGGAUACCAAGGGAAAGAAAGGAGGCAACAAGGCCGCUCAGGCUGCCAAGGCCGCUCUCAAGGGCACAAACUCCCACAAGAAGGUCAAGGCUCGCUACAGCACCUCCUUCCACCGCCCCAAGACCCUGAUCACCAGCCGUGCUCCCAAGUACCCUCGUCGAUCUAUCCCCCACCAGCCUCGCCUCGAUGAGCACAAGGUUGUCAUCCACCCUCUCAACACUGAGAGCGCCAUGAAGAAGAUGGAGGAGAACAACACCCUCGUCUUCAUCGUCGAUGUCAAGGCCAACAAGGCUCAAAUCAAGCUUGCCCUCAAGAAGCUUUACGACAUUGACUGCCUCAAGAUCAACACCCUGAUCCGACCUGACGGCAGCAAGAAGGCCUACGCCCGCCUUACCCCCGAUGUCGAUGCUCUCGACAUCGCUGCCAACAAGCUCUCUCUCGUUUAA